AUGGGUCAAAUAUUGUCCAACUUAACGGAGACGAACAAGAAAGGAAAGGAAUUAGUCAUAGAUGAUGGUGAUGAGCAAGUAAUACCAGAAAUUGUCUUGGAAAAAAAUGUUACUACUCCGGUUGUUAAUCGUUUGCCUAGUGUUCCAAAAGAAAUAGUGAGGAAAAUAGGACCGUAUACAAGCGCUCAGAGAAUACUACUCGUUGGUGAGGGUGACUUCUCUUUCUCUUCUUGUUUGGCUGUUGCUUUUGGUACUUCGCAUAAUAUAAUUGCCACUUCUCUCAACUCCGAAGACUUUUUGAUCAAUAACUACGCAGAAUUCUUGACCAACAAAGCAAUGCUUGAGACUCGAGGCAGCAUGGUCCUUCAUGAAGUUGACGCCAGGAUUAUGGUGAAACAUCCCAUUAUUGGCAGCAUGGUAUUCGAUCGUAUCAUCUACAAUUUUCCACAUGCUGGUCAAUUUGGUAUGACUGACGCUGAACGGCGUUUACAUAAAAAGCUAGUGAGGGAUUUCUUGAGGAACGCAAAGAAGAUGAUCGGAGAAGAUGGUGAGAUACACAUCACCUCGAAAUCGAAUGGAUUUUUUCUUGAGUGGAAUAUACCAAAGAUUGGAAAUGAUCAAGGAUUAAAUUUACUCCAAGAAGUAAACUUUGUACGUAGCGACUAUCCUGGCUAUAAUACCAAGUAUGGGUUUGGAGGAGACAAGAACUUCGAUUGUAAUCCCAGCAAAACCUAUAAGUUUGGUCUUUCACUUCAAUGA